AGCUCAUCUGGAUCGUGACAUGUGAGUAAAGGUUCCAAUAGGAAAACCCUCCUUCUGAAUAGCCACAAAUUCAUCUAGUAAAUGGCCGGUCCGGUGAAGAUAUCACUCAUUUCCCGUCUCAAGAUACCGGAGGGUUGAUUUCGGUAGAGGAUGACAAAUGAGGGGCUAAUCGAGUGGAAGCCACUUGGUUGCUACCGGGGUGUAGAAUAUGAGGGGCAUGAACGCAAUGUCAGGUGCGACUGCCGACCUGCAAAUUCGUGUACGCUUAGUGUGAAUAUAACAAGAGCGAUGCAUCACUUAGUAACUGCACACAAAAUCUCGGCGCCAGGUGAGAUCCACAAGUGUGCUGGGCUUCGAAGGGUCUCAUAGUCGGUGAAACUAAAUUCAUCUUUCCCCUUGUCAUUAGUGUAUAACCGAUAGACUUGCUAGGGGUUUAGAGUUAAAACGGACCAGCGCCACGCACAUUCUUAAUCGACUAUUCAUCGAGUCUCCGCCAUUAUGUCGAUGUACACCGUACCGUUCGUCAUUAAUGGCGAGGAACGUCAAGCCGAGAACACCUUCGACGUAAAAUCUCCAGAUACUGGCGAGGUCCUGCAUCGAUGCGGCAUUGCAACGGAAGCGGACGUUGUCGCAGCUGUUAAUGCAGCCGCAGCUGCGGGUCCACAAUGGGCAAAUACGCCCGCGGCCGAGCGGCGGGAUAUUCUUCUCAAGGCAGCUAACAUCAUGGACAAGAGACGUGAUGAAUUAGCUCAGUAUAUGAUGGAUGAAGUUGCAGCAGCACGUGGCUGGGCUGACUUCAAUCUCAACCUUGUCAUCGACAUGUACAAGGACGUGGCUGGGCGAGUCGGUGCCGUAGAAGGCACUGUCCCCCCAUGUCAACCUGGGCUCACUUCGAUAGUGGUAAAGGAGCCUUAUGGCGUUGUGUUAGCGAUAGCGCCUUGGAACGCGACAUACAUCCUAGGUACUCGCUCGGUACUUUUCCCCAUCGCAGCGGGCAACACGGUCGUUUUCAAGGGAUCCGAAACAGCGCCUCGAGCUCAUCGUGCUAUCGUGUCUAUCCUGAACGAGGCUGGAGUACCCAAAGGAGUAGUUAACUACAUCGUCACUGACCCAGCCCAUGCACCAACAGUUACGGAAGCUCUCGUCGCAAACCCGAAUGUAAAGAAGAUCAACUUUACAGGUAGCACGGCCGUGGGAAGAAUAAUCACAAAGUUAGCAGGCCAAUACCUGAAACCUAUCGUCUUGGAACUCGGAGGAAAAGCGCCAGCUAUCGUCUGGGAAGAUGCGGACCUAGACCUUGCCGCAGAACAAACCGCUCUUGGCGCCUUCUUCUUUUCUGGACAAAUUUGUAUGAGUACGGAGAGAAUCAUCGUACACAAGAAUAUCAGUCAGGCGUUCCAGGAGAAGCUACUUGGAACCGUAGAGAAGAUGUUCUCGUCCAAAGGCGAUGCUUUAGUUCUAGUUAACACUCAAAGUGUAGAGAAGAACAAGAAACUCAUAAAGGAUGCAGUUAGCAAGGGCGCUUCGGUUCUAAAUGGAGACGUGGACGCCGAAGAGAGUUCGAAGACGAGAAUGAGGCCAUUAGUGAUCAGUAAGGUGACCUCCGAUAUGGACCUAUACAAACAGGAGUCAUUUGGCCCAUCGGUGAGUUUGAUCGAGGUUGAAAGUGAGGAAGAGGCACUACGGGUGGCGAAUGACACCGAGUAUGGCCUCACGUCUGCGGUUUUCACCGAGAAUCUGAGGGUCGGUCUGAGGUUCGCAAGAGGCAUUGAAAGCGGCGCGGUUCAUAUCAACAAUAUGACCAUCCAUGACGAGAUGACGUUGCCGCAUGGAGGAGUUAAGGCGAGCGGGUAUGGUCGAUUCAAUAGCUUGCCCGGAGUUGAGGAAUGGGUUAGAACAAAGACUAUCACUUGGAGAAACUAGGUAAUACCCAGGCCCUGUGUCCUUUAAGAGUAGAUGAAGAAGUCAUAUUAAAAGACCAGAAUUUAACUAUAACAACAUUUAAAGAGGAGUAGUUGCUAUUUAUUUCUUCAAUUCUGCUAGGAAGUGAUAACUGACUUUAGGUUUCAGCUGGUGCCCGAAAGAGUCUA